AUGUUGUCAAAGACCAUUAUCGCCGCCUUGUUAGCGACUACUGUAACUGCUCUACCGUCCAACAUCGCUGGGGACUCCCUUACCGAACGAGAUCCUGGCUCUCUCUCCAGAACAGGACCCGUUGAGAAGCAUGACGGACAGCCUGACUGGGUUCAAAACCCAAAGCUAAUUGACCACCCCGGAAAGCCUUCCACACCUUUGAAGCGGGAUCCGAACUCUCUUGUCACGUUCUAUAUCCCUAAGGCCCCAGCUCUUGAUGCUGAGGAGGAAUCUGGCGAUAUUGACAAGCGGUUCUACAUCUACCAUCGUCCUCCUCCAGGUCCAGAGCCAAUUGGCGAGGCAAUUGAUGGGGUGGUUGGAAAGCGUGACAUAGAGCCUGACUGGAUUCAAAACCCAAAACUAAUUGACCACCUCGGAAAGCCUCCCACACCUUUGAAGCGUGAUCCGAACUCUCUUGUCACGUUCUAUAUCCCCGAGGUUCCGACCCCUGAUGUUGAUUGA